AUGCCAGCCCCCCACUGCUACGUCCUCGGCGGGUCUGGCUCUAUCCAAGGCUACCAGACGAAUGCCAGAGGACCGUUCAUUGCCGCCAGCAAAACAUCCCCUCCCUUUCCAAUUGCCGUCUUCUAUCACGAUGCCACGCUCACCGAGCUUCUUGACGUCGUUCAGGAGGCUGUGACAUCCCUCGCAAAUCCUCGCGCCAACGCUGCUACUGCCGUGGCUCUCCUCAGAGCUCUGGGUCGACGUGCUGAUCGCCUCAACAUGACAAGAUUAUAUACUUGGGACCGGUUCUAUCCAAUUGUUUACGGGAAGCAUGUUGGGGUAUACUUCAGAUGGGAGGACGCCGAGAUUGAAGUCACCGGAUUAUUCCAUCGUCGAUUCCAGCGCGUACGCUCCUUCUCGGAUGCCCUUGUCUUCAUGAUUACGAAGGCUCGUGUUACCUCUGGCGAUGGCCUCUUGACUCCUCCAGCCAUUCCUUCCCCCCUUGCAUUCACUGCUGGACAAAGGUCAACGACCUCUAGUCCCCAGGUCGGCGUCAAUCUCGCCAUCCCACCCUCUGGCUCCUCGCGUUCUCGUUCGAAUGCAUCUCGUUCUACAACAGGUUCCUCUAGCCAGACCCCGUCUGCUGCCCCACCUCCGAACUCAGUCCGCUCUUCCAAGCGGUCGACCAAUACAUCACGCGCUCCUUCGUCCUCAUUGGCAGCUUCUUCUUUGGUGUCGAGCCCCUUGACUACUCAACACUCUGAAGCUCUUCCUCCGGAUGAUGUUGAUGAAACGGCGUCCUCCAUUGAAAGCAUUCAAUCCUGGGUCGAGGCCGUGUCACUCAUCCCUCCUGCUCCUCUCCAGCCGACGAACGCCGCCAAUCGCGAGCCUCGGACGUCAGACAUCAUAUACUGCCAUUCCCGCUCUCUGUCCGGCAUUCAAGAUACGUACUAUGAAGGCGAUGAGUUGCCCCACCACCCGGAUCCCCCUCCUAUGGAGUUGCUUGGCCCCGCGGCGUCUCAUUAUUUCUCAACCCAUGGCUUCCUCCCUCAGUCCAUCUGGACUAUUUACUAUGCAUUUAAGGAGGCUUGCGAUGCUGCGGAGUUCGUCGGCAUUGUGGCGAGGAGAGGCACUGCUCAGCUUGAAGCUGGCUACAUCUUCGACUUGAUCUCUGGCCGCUGGCGGGAGGCCGAUCCGGUUGACGAGGACAUAGUUGUGAGCGACUCCUAA